AGUUUGUUCUAACCUCUCCUCUCCUCUCUGUCAGGAUGUACAGGUAGUUUGUUCUAACCUCUCCUCUCUCUGUCAGGAUGUACAGGUAGUUUGUUCUAACCUCUGUCAGGAUGUUCAGGUAGUUUGUUCUAACCUCUCCUCUCUCUGUCAGGAUGUACAGGUAGUUUGUUCUAACCUCUCCUCUCCUCUCUCUGUCAGGAUGUACAGGUAGUUUGUUCUAACCUCUCCUCUCUCUGUCAGGAUGUUCAGGUAGUUUGUUCUAACCUCUGUCAGGAUGUUCAGGUAGUUUGUUCUAACCUCUCCUCUUCUCUCUCUGUCAGGAUGUACAGACAGUUUGUUCUGUCAAUCCUGCUUGCAGGCGUCCUGUGCCUGGUGGGCGGCGACACCCGCAAGACCCGCCUCCAAGGCUCCAUCCCCAACCCUUUCAAAGGGAACGGCAACACCUCUGACAAACGCACCCGUAAACAGGAAAUACUUGCCUCCAGCCAGGAAGCGCUGGUCAUCACAGAGAGGAAGUACCUGAAGAGUGACUGGUGCAAGACCCAGCCGCUGCGUCAGACGGUGAGCGAGGAGGGCUGUCUGAGUCGUACCGUCAUCAACAGGUUCUGCUACGGACAGUGUAACUCCUUCUAUAUCCCACGACACGUUAAGACGGAGCAGGAGUCUUUCCGGUCCUGUGCUUUCUGCCGGCCGCAGCGUUUCACCACGCUGACCGUAGAGCUGGACUGUCCCGACCUCCAGCCGCCCUUCCGGCACCGCAAGAUCCAGAGAGUCAAACGGUGUCGCUGUAUAUCGGUCUCCGUCGGUGACCCUGGGAAGCGGUGAUACUCGUCUCUCUCUCUCUUUUAUCAUCUUGGACAAUCCCUAGAUACUGUCCAGAUUGUCCGCUCACCUCACAGGAGACAGUUUGUACAAGACUCGAGUACAUGGAGGGUCAGGACAUGCAUUUUUACUGACGGCACAUAGAAUGAAUACAUAAAAGCUGAAGGGGCCCACUCUCUUUAGAAGUACUGAGCAUGACGGAUGUUUCUAUGGAGCAGCUCUGUGUUGAUCAUACCAAGCACUCUAUAUGAGACAAACAGACAUUUCUACAACCCAGACCAAUUAAACCCAUACACUCUGUAGUUCAAAGAUGGUGGAUAAAUGAAGAUUUCUUACUCAGGUGGGUUUACCGUUUAAAACAGAAAAUGGUCACAAUUCCAGACUGCUUAAGGAAGUGCCUUUCCAAUAGACAACAAUGUGAUAGCAGCUGGGUCUGGUCUACUUAGUUCAUUGACUGUAUAUGAACCCGGGGGGGAAAAAAAGCAGAGUGAGACACCUCACUUCCUCUACCGUCUCUGCAGAAACAGACGUACCUGGACCACAGGUCUCCUCAGCCUGUCGGAGAGGGGGGGGGUCGUAUUCAAAUGGGAGAAAACUGACUGAAACAAAAAGGGACUUGUCCAAUACAAAAUGCAAAUUUUCAACUUCAAAAUGUGUUUCUAAUGUGUUUCUUAUGUGUUUCUAAUGUGUGUCCUAAUGGAUAUGACCAUAUUCCACAGAGGGACUCUGGUAGAGAGGUUGUUGAAUAGAGACUGACUGGGUUAGUAGUAGACCUACUGCAGUAACAGCUGACCUGGGGUUUCACAGAGGGUAGGAGGGUGUUGAAUAGAGACUGACUGGGUUAGUAGUAGACCUACUGCAGUAACAGCUGACCUGGGGUUUCAGAGGGGUAGGAGGGUGUUGAAUAGAGACUGACUGGGUUAGUAGUAGACCUACUGCAGUAACAGCUGACCGGGGGUUUCACAGAGGGUAGGAGGGUGUUGAAUAGAGACUGACUGGGUUAGUAGUAGACCUACUGCAGCAACAGCUGACCGGGGGUUUCACAGAGGGUAGGAGGGUGUUGAAUAGAGACUGACUGGGUUAGUAGUAGACCUACUGCAGCAACAGCUGACCGGGGGUUUCACAGAGGGUAGGAGGGUGUUGAAUAGAGACUGACUGGGUUAGUAGUAGACCUACUGCAGCAACAGCUGACCUGGGUUUUCAAUAGAGACUGACUGGGUUAGUAGUAGACCUACUGCAGUAACAGCUGACCGGGGGUUUCACAGGCAUUAUAUCAUUCUGUACAAAUAAAUAUCACAUUAUUAUUAGAUUUUGAGAAUUUAUAUCAAUACAAUGUUACAUUACAAUAGCAUUUAUAUUUACAAAAAUGAAUAAAUGAUACUAAAUCUGUACCAAAGUUAAACUUGUUUCAUGUGUUUUUUUUAGUGUGUUUUCAUUGUGUUUUGUUUAAACUUCGUCAGUAUUGUAAAAAGUUCAGAUGAAAGUUGCUGCAAACAACAACUCAGUCUGAAGACUCAUAUUCUUAUCGACCAACCACAGGCUGUUCUCAACUAAAGAGAAUCAAAAUGGACCAACCACAGGCUGUUCUCAACUAAAGAGAAUCAAAAUGGACCAACCACAGGCUGUUCUCAACUAAAGAGAAUCAAAAU